UCACUGCCAUUAAUUUGAUUACAUUGACAGUCGCCAUUCCUCAUUGACUCCGUGCUUGUUGGUGUUCUGAUCCCAGAAUACUCCUUCUCACGUAGGAGCCUUAAAACGCACGUUACCUCUUGAAGUUCUUUCCUCCUUACCUCUCAUUUUCCCUCAUUAACUCGCUCGAAUUUCAACCACUUUUCAUAUAUGACACUUUCAGAAGUCUCUCCAGAUUCAGCAGACGACCCUAGUCCACCUGUUGACUCUGGAGCCUUUUCGUCGUCCGAUACCUUGGUUGUUCCCAGAGUAUCCAACCCGGAUCUCGUCGAUACUGACAAAGCUUCCUCGCCCGACGGUGGCUAUGGUUGGAUCUGCGUCUUCUGUUCUUUCAUAGUUCAUUUUUUCGCCCUUGGGAUCGAGUCUUCCUGGGGAGUGUACCAAAGCCAUUACUUCGUAUCAUGCGAUUUGGGUCCUGUUUCCAACUCAGAUCUGGCCUGGGUAGGGUCCAUCCAAGCAACUGGGCAACCACUCGUUGGAAUUUUGGCUGGAAUCCUGGCCCAACGUAUCGGCUACAGACUAACGGGAUUUAUCGGCACGUGCAUUAUGUGCAUCGGUUUGAUCUCCGCGUCGUUUUCUACUCACAUAUGGCAUUUAUACCUCACUCAAGGUGUAUUAUUCGGCGUUGGGAGUGGUUUCGCAUUCAUUCCUGCCGUCUGUAUCCCUUCGCAAUGGUUCACUAAACACAGAGGACUUGCCACAGGAAUAGCAGCUAGCGGCUACGGAGUUGGGGGUUUAUUGCUCAGCCCCGUUACGCAGAGACUCAUCGACCUCCUGGGCUUCCGCUGGGCUCUUCGAAUCACGGGAUUGUUGACUCUGGUUGCCCUUGGGGUAGCUGAUAUUUACCUUCGGCCCCGUACAUCGGCCAAGCCGGCCACGAAGGUGGACAAAACAUUGCUGACGGAUAACGUGUUCUUGUUUCUGUGUUCUAUUGGAUUGCUCAGUGGUCCUGGCUUCUACGUUCCUAUUUUCUAUGUUCCGGACUACGCCAUCAAUAAGCUGGAGCGCAGCGCUCAGGAUGGUGCAAAUGCUGCAGCUCUCAUAUCGGCCUUUUCCGCCGUAGGCCGCGUGCUUGUCGGUAUAGUCGGCGAUCAGCUGGGUCAUUUGCCUGUGCUUUCCUUGUGUCAAUGCAUGGGUGGUAUUGCCCAAAUGGCGAUAUGGCCUUUUGCUGGCAGCCUGUCGGGUUUGAUGGCCUUUUCAUCCAUCUAUGGAUUUUUCACCGGCGGUUAUGUUAGUUUGUAUCCAGUUGUUGCUGCUGAUCUGUACGGCGUUGAAGGCCUAGCAAGCAUCACUGGAAUCAUGUUUUCCAGUUUUGUGCCGGGAACACUUCUUGGUCCUCCCAUCUCAGGAGCUAUUCUUGAUUCUCACACCAACCCCCUCACUGGCAAGAUCAAUUUUCUCCCUGUACAGCUCUUCGGGGGUAGUUGGCUCUUGGGGUCAGCUUCCAUGGCUGUCAUGGUCCAGAUUUUCCAUGCCAAGGAAGGUUCAAUCGCGCUGGUGUGAUGCACUUCCGACAUCGUCUGCUUUUUUUGGGUUCCAUCUAUGUCACUGGUUUGGGGUGCGGGCACUCCUUGGGACCCUGAGGAUUUCCUAGCUGAGGGGCAUGGAACUACAUGCCGGAUCUCGAUCUCAGAAGGCGAUCGAGUGUAAACGAUCGAGUGGUCGAUCUACCUGACACUCAUGGUCCCUCAAACCAAAAAGUUGCCAAGUUUGGAUGGUCUAGUCGUUGAACGCCCGAAAACCGUGGACAUUUUGAUUAAAAAUACAAAACAGGAACUGCAUAUCAUCAGAGUCAUUCAUAGAGUCUGGGAGCAUUCUUGGUCAUGAUUUUGAAACAUGAAGCUCAGACUUUCUGGUGCAUGCUUGAAUGA